UGAGCAGAUAACAAAAGAGAUAAGCUCAUCUGAUGCAUCUGUGGCAGACGUCAUACCCUUACUUGCAGCACUAAAGCGUCUUUUAAACAAAGAGGCUGAAACAGACCACGGAGUGAAAACAACUAAAAGUGCGCUCUUAGAAGCUGUCAGCACACGAUUUAGUCAGGCGGACUCAGAACCCCUGUACUGCAUCGCGACUGUGCUUGAUCCAUGAUAUAAAGAUCAUUACUUGGAUGUGGGGGAAAAGAUGCGCACACGAGAAAUGAUCCAGGCCGAGUUGGAUUUGGGAAAGCCGCUAGGUGAUGGAGACGGUCAGGUGAUGCACAGCGCAGGAGAUGAAAACAGCGCAGAGAGUAAACGGGCUCGUACUACAGAUGAGCCGCGCACAGUCUCGCUGUCUGACAUGUUCGAUGAGAUCCUCCAAGAGAAUAACCCAUUUGCAAGACAGAGGACAAGCUCGACCGCUCAACAGUUAGAUGGGUAUCUCUCAGAAGUCCCCAUCCCCAGGAGCAAUAACCCUCUCGAAUUUUGGAGGACCAAUCAAGGCCGCUUCCCCGACCUGGCGCAGAUGGCACGCAGGUACUUGUCUGCUCCAUGCACAAGCACCGACAGUGAGAGACUGUUUAGUGCUGCAUCUCAUGUCAUCGAUGAGAAGAGGAACCGACUUUCAUGUGACAAAGCAGAGAAGCUACUUUUCAUAAAGAAGAACCUGCCACUUUUCCUGAAGAAGUAGGCUAAGUAGGCUUAUGUCUAGGACAGUUAUUCAUUUGUUGUGGGUUCAUC